AUCAUUUGGUGUUUCAGAAACUACCGUACUACUCCAAGAUUACCCUGUACUCUGCGUCUUUAUUGGAUGCUGAAGAGGCAGGCUAGCGCGGCCGAAAUGACGCAUCCAGAGGUAUUUCUUAAUUGAAAACUUGGUAGCGAGCAACAAAUCCAAUCAGAAAAACGAGACGACAGGUUGCUCGAGGAGGGAACGCUUUUCUACGGAAACAGAACCCAAAUAAAUACGGCCAUCUAGUACAGUACUACCGUACCAUAAGAACCGUACAGCAUACUGCCAUCGGCCCAAGACAAACCAACAAGCCAAAACACGGCAAAAGCAAACAACAGAAGAAAAAGAAUGCCCAAGAAAGAAAAACAGAGAUCGUUUCGAUUUCGAUUCGAAAUCGUUCCCAUGCCCCCGUCUUGCUACACCGUGGAGCGUCAUGGGCGGGAAGAAAACGAUUGGGACAAUAGUAACCGAGAACAAAACGAAGAGGGAUCGUGGGAUGGGGUGAGCACARCAGCUCUGCUCGGGGAGGUUCCGGGGACGGUGGCACGAGAUAAAKGUCGAGAACAAGCGGGGGAAGAAGAGAAAGACCAUGGCGAAGACAACAAGCAAGGCGACGACAACGGAAACGGAAACGAGGACAAAGACGAAAACAGCGAUGCCAGGGACGUCGUUGAGCGCCGAGACAAAAUCCAGGCCCCGGUGGGCGAAGCCGUGAGAAACGACAACGAGAUCGACAACGAGAUCGACAACGAUCCACGAGUCCCCAUGAUGGCGAGCGUCCUCGAGGAGGUUCGGCGGACGGACAACAUUCUCGUGUCCGAGAUUGGCAAGAACGAGCUCGUCUUGUAUCUCAACCACAUACUCGUGGCGGAAGCAAGCACGAGCGAGCKCGGGGUCGGUGGCAUCGUCGAGUGGAAGUUCGAAUCCGACAAGGUCUUCUACUACGCAAUGGAAAUCUUCCAGGCCAACGUGAUCCACUUCCUGAGGAGCCGGUACUUUGAUCUCGAACGCGGAAGAUACCGGCCCCGGGAAACUCGCGACGGAGCGGGGGGAAACAGGCACGGCGGUGUCGGAAAGAAAGCCGCCAACGGUCCUGGCAACGGAAGCGCAACGCCGGCGUAUCCGCAGCAUCCGCAUUCCACAAGCGAACACAACYCGAAACCGGAGAGCUGCUACUGGGGCGAAGAGCAGAUCUGCGAGGAUUUUCGCAAGGUCUUUCACCGGGCCUCCGCGUCGAGGUAUUUUCCAAACAAACGGGCCGUAGUUGAAUACUGUUUCAAGGACGAAAGGAUGGGAAAUGCCCCGCAAGCCAACCAGAACGAGUGUGGGAAUAGCAACUGCUACUCCAAACCACAAUCACAACAAGCUCAUCGCCGACAACAAGSACAACAGGAGCAUCCUCGUCGUCUUCCCCCAUCGUUUUCGAUGUCGGUCAGGAGGGCCCUGGUGCGCCUCCAUCGCCGGGCCGGGAUCUACCUCCCCAAUCCCAAGCCUUCUACCACCGCUGCUGCCCUAGGCAAAAACGACAGCGACAGCGAUUGUGAAUACUGGUUGGCUCUGUGGUGGGUCUGCUCGAGCCUGUGGGUUUGGAUCCUCGGGCCCUGCCUGGAAAUCCUCCACCACUGCCAUGAGAAGCCGCUGCGCCAGAAGGAAUUCCGCAAGCGGCAGGGGGAGGACCGGCUCUGCCACGCACGGGACACUGAAUCGGACAGUGGAGAGCUGCUCGGGGGCAGCCGCAAGCGACGCAAGCGGACGGCCCUCUCCAGCGGCUUUGCCAAGCAGUCGAGGACCCUCGCCAGGAUCCACCUGUACCUGCUACAGCGCGAGCUCCGCAAGCUGGGCCUCCCCUUCGAUACGGUGCUGAUGCACGGCGGACCGUACGACGGGGGCGAGGGAAGCGACUACGGGGACUCGGAAAACGAAGACGAAGGUGAUAAUGCCGACUACGGUGGCGAUUGCGAUGGUGGUCGCUGCAGCGGCCCGACCACWCGGGAGGCCUCUGCCCCCUGCACGGAAAUCACCGACGACGACGACAGCAGCGAGCGCAGGGACCGCCAGCGGGAAGCGGCCCGUGGGAACGAUACGGAUCGGGGGCGCAGGGAGAUCCCAGAGCACAAAGAAGAACGAGAUGAAGGGCAGGGGCCAGAGCCGGAACAAGAUCAAGAAGAACGAAACGAGCCUUUCGGAACCGACCGUGGUGGCGGCAACACGGACGGUGCUUCCCGUGUUUGGUUGAGCGAGCAAUUGRUCGGYGAGACGGUGCCCGUAUGAUGCAACGUUGAGGGGGCUUCGUUCUGUCUGUAACAGCAAACUGCUACAUUUACUGCGAGGUUCGGCACCCUUGUAACGACACCAGCAUCGCAAAGAGAUCCUACUACUGCCAAUCGUCGAGAAAAGACGACGAAAGAAUCCAGUAUCCUUCUCUGCUUCAUGCCGCACGGUACGACUAGGAGUAUCUACAGAACCUAAGGUAACAAAUGAUCUAACCUUCG